AUGGAUCCAAAAAAAUUGUUUGCCCAUGAUAAAAUGAACAAAUACAUUUUUGCUUACAAUCUCUGCAGCAAACUCUUAUCCGUUUGGGCUGCUGACGAAACUCACGAAGGAAGUCAUGGAUGGUUGGAUGAAAUCGUUCAUCGUGAACAAGGACUCUCAAGAAAAGAACAACUUAUUUUGACAAAUCCAGUUCGUGAAAACGAU